AUGUCAGCAAUCCUUCGUUGGGGAUGCUUCUUGGCAGUGGAAAUUCCAGUGAAACUAAUAGAGGCGACUGUUAAACUUAUUUUUUAUCUUAUAAAGGCAGCAAUAGUGAUAACUGUUAAACUUAUUUGUUAUCUUAUACCGGCAGCUGCUAAACUUAUAAAGGCAGCAAUAGUGAUAACUGUUAAACUUAUUUUCGACCCAUUGUUCCUCUACAUUCCUAUCAUCAACCACGAUAUCAAGUGCAUCGACAUGGACAAAGAAUUGAAUAUGACAGCUUUUGCUUUGAGAGCAGUCGCAGAUUUCUCUUACUUUGUCGACUUACUUGUUCGACUUGAUAUAUCAAAGACCAUUUGGCAGUCAUCCGUCAUAAUUGACAUUUUAGCUAUUCUUCCACUUCCACAGGUGGUAAUUAUCCUUUUCUUUUCUAAAGCGGAGGGCUGGAGAUCUUUGAAUAUAGCGAUGCUUAUGAAUUCUCUUGCUAUGGUGCAAUAUGUGCCACGGAUUCUUCGAAUCUACUUUUCAUGUAAGGAACUUAAAGAGAGCUUCAACGAACGUAUUGGACUAUGGAUUAAAAGCGUGCUCAAUUUCCUUCUGUACAUCCUUGCUAGUCAUAUGUACAUGCAGUUCGACGCUGCAAGAGAAGAGGCACGUAAAGAACGUGUUAAUCAAGAGAUGAAAACGGAACAGAGGUUGAAAGAGAAAGAUAGAGAGAUAGCAUUCUGGUUAUCUGAGAAUGUCAAAAUCCCUCAAAAUGAGAAGGAUAGGGUAAAGUCACAGAUCAUGAGAACGGUGAAACGCGAACUUGAGGAACUCAGGGGUGGACACGUGGAGGAGAUCCUCUCUAUUCUUCCCUCUGAACUUCAAAGCUAUCUCAAUUCCCAUAUGAUGUGGAAAAAGUUAAAGAGAGUUCCAAAGCUUGACUCACUGGACGAACAAGUAUUGAAAGCGAUCUGGAAGCAUUCUAAGACUCUGAAAUAUGCUGCACAGACCGAUAUUAUUAAAGAGAAUGAACCGAUUGAUAAGAUGUUCUUCAUCAUUGAAGGAAUUGUAAAGAUUGAAAGUAGUAAGGAUCCUUCUGCUGGGCAGCUUGAAGCGGAAGGUUUCUUUGGAGAAGAACUUGUAGAUUGGGCAACAAUUGCUGUAUUUCCCAACUUAUUACCCUUGUCGACCAGUAGCGCCAAGGCCACCAAAGAUGUCGAAGCCCGUGUUCUCCUGGCCAGCGACUUGUGUGAUGUAGUCACUCUUUUCCAGGACCAUUUCCGUAAGAGGAAGUGCCCCCCACCGGACCUCGUCAGGGUUUAA